CCCUCUAUUGACGCUGCGUGUGUUCCCGGGGCAGCGCAGCGCCUGCGAAACGGACAAGAUGGCGGCGCUGAGAGCGAGCGGCGUUAGGGCCGCGGUGCUCCUCAGGCCCGGCUUGGCCCGGCCUCCGCCUCCUCCGGCCGCCGGCUACCACGAGAAGGUGGUAGAUCACUACGAGAAUCCCAGGAACGUCGGUUCCCUGGACAAGAAGGCAAAGAACGUGGGGACUGGCCUGGUGGGGGCUCCAGCCUGUGGUGACGUCAUGAAACUGCAAGUCGAGGUGGACGAAAACGGAAAAAUCGUUGACGCCAGGUUUAAGACGUUUGGCUGCGGGUCAGCAAUCGCUUCAAGUUCUUUGGCGACGGAAUGGGUGAAAGGAAAGACGGUUGAUGAAGCCUUGAAGAUAAAAAACACGGAUAUUGCUAAAGAGCUUUGCCUGCCACCAGUAAAACUGCACUGCUCAAUGCUAGCAGAAGACGCCAUCAAGGCUGCCUUGGCGGAUUACAAGUUGAAGCAGGGGUCAAACCCUGCUGGACCUGAGAAGAGCGCAGCCAGUAUGUAGGGCUCCUCUGCAUCUCAAGACCUGGAAGCCAGCUUCCCUUCGUUCCACUUGUAGCCUCAGCAUGAUAUCUUAGGAGCUUGAUCCAUCAACAUUUUGGAAAGACGCACAACUCAUACGCACAAUGUUAAGACUGUACUAGAGCCAACAGGAUAGACUGACUUUGCUGCAGCUUUUUGCUCUUGGCUUCUUUUCCUUUAUCUGUGUGAAAUAUCUUCGUCUGAGAUUUGAUUUGUAGCCUUAAGGAUGGCCAUUGAAGGGGUGGGGGUGGGGGUUAAAGUUGUCUCUUAGUUACAGAGAAAAGUCCCAGGGCCAUUUCAGGUACAAUCCGUGAGUCCACAGGGAUAAGCAAUGAUGUAUGGCCUCCCAUGCUUCUCCCUCCAGGGGCAGAUUUAGAGCAGUACGGAGGCUCUUUGGGCUUAUGACUACAUUUGUGGUCAUUGAUUUGGGGGCUAAUAGCAGUGUAGUUUUAUGUUGCUGGCUUCACGUUCCCCUUAUAUGAGGGAUAGACCUAAUAAGUACAGUAAAGCUGUGUUUUGCUAUUUUCUAGAUUGGAAUUGUAAAGAAAGGAAUAUAUUUUUAUUUCACCUGAUUGUUAAUACACGAAUUUCAGAUUUGUUUGCUGUUCAGCCUGUGCAACACAUGCAGAGAUAAUAUAUGUUUGUUCUAAAGAAAAAUGA